AUGGUGCUCAACCGGUGUCCUACCAAGGAUCGUCUGUUGCAAUGGGGGCUUCAAACGGAUGGACUUUGUGUUCUCUGUCGGGGCUACACCGAAUCGAGAAACCACUUAUAUUUUGAAUGUAGCUACACUUGGAAUCUAUGGACUAUGGUGGCUGAUCGUUGUGGAUUCACCCCUUCUCAGAGCUGGGAUGCGACACUCACUGCUCUGCGACAGUACUCGGGAACAAGACAGCGCAAGAAACUACUUCUUCUAUGCUGGCAGGCGACCAUUUAUCUUCUGUGGGUUGAGAGAAAUAACAGGAUCCAUAGGAACCAAUUCAGACCCUUCUCUGCUACGUUUCGAGACCUAGACCGGCUUGUGAGGAACAGAAUUGCAACAUAUCGAUUUACUAAUCCAGCUGAAUCGUCGGAGCUUCUAACCAUCUGGUUCUCCUCCCGAUCAUGA